AUGGGUACUGCCCUGCAUGAAACCAACAGCUCAGANUUCCAAGUCUCUGAGUUCAUUCUGCUGGGAUUCCCAGGCAUUCAUGAGUUCCAGAUCUGGUUGUCCUUGCCUAUGGCUCUGCUUUACAUUGUAGCUCUUGGUGCUAAUCUCCUUAUCUUGAUCACCAUCUACCUUGAGCCUAACCUGCAUCAGCCAAUGUAUCAGUUUCUUGGUAUCUUGGCUGCNGUAGAUAUUGGCUUGGCUACCACCAGCAUGCCCAAGAUCCUGGCNAUCUUGUGGUUUGAUGCCAAGACCAUCAGCCUCCCUGAGUGUUUUACUCAGAUCUAUGCCAUCCACACUUUUAUGUGCAUGGAGUCAGGCAUUUUCCUAUGCAUGGCAAUAGAUAGAUAUGUAGCCAUUUGUUAUCCCCUCCAGUCUUCCAUAGUCACUGAAGCUUUUGUAAUCAAAGCCACACUAUCCAUGCUGCUCAGNAAUGGCCUGUUAACCAUCCCAGUGCCUGUACUAGCUGCCCAGAGACAGUACUGCUCCAGGAAUGAGAUAGAUCACUGCCUUUGCUCUAACUUGGGGGUCAUUAGUCUGGCCUGUGAUGAUAUCACUGUUAACAGGGACUACCAGUUGACAUUGGCCUGGUUGAUACCUGGAAUUGACAUGGUUCUGGUCUGUGUUUCCUAUGCUUUGAUUAUUCGCUCAGUGCUGAGGCUGAACUCCACUGAGGCAGUAUCUAAGGCCCUCAGUACCUGCAGCUCCCACCUCAUCCUCAUUAUGUUUUACUACACAGCUCUUGUUAUACUAUCUGUCACUCACCUAGCAGGAAGAAAGGUUCCCCUAAUCUCUGUUCUCCUCAAUGUGAUGCAUAUUGUUAUCCCUCCAUCCCUUAACCCGAUGGUAUAUGCCCUUAGGACACAGGAGCUGAAGGUUGGCUUCCGGAAGGUUUUUUGA